CUCCCAAGCGGCGCACUGUAGCAGUGCGCCACCGGGCUGGCCCCGGAAGAAGUUUUUUACACGAGGUUCUGAGAGUGAGCCGCACGAGUGUGAGCUGCUGUUGUCGUGGUCGGCGCGAUGCCUAAGGCCAAGGGCAAGACCCGAAGGCAGAAGUUCGGUUACAAUGUCAACCGAAAGCGUCUGAACCGGAAUGCUCGACGGAAGGCAGCGCCGAAGAUCGAGUGCUCUCAUAUCCGACAUGCCUGGGACCACGCGAAAUCUGUGCGGCAAAACCUGGCCGAGAUGGGGUUGGCUAUGGACCCCAACAAGGCGGUGCCCCUCCGUAAGAGAAAGGUGAAGGCUGUGGACGUGGAUGUAGAGGAAAGGCCUAAGGAGCUGGUGCGGAAGCCCUAUGUGCUAAAUGACCUGGAAGCAGAAGCCAGCCUCCCAGAAAAGAAAGGAAAUACCCUGUCCCGGGACCUCAUUGACUAUGUACGCUACAUGGUGGAGAACCAUGGAGAGGACUAUAAGGCCAUGGCCCGGGAUGAGAAGAAUUACUAUCAAGAUACCCCAAAACAGAUUCGGAAUAAGAUCAACGUCUACAAACGCUUUUACCCAGCAGAGUGGCAAGCUUUCAUCGAUUCUUUGCAGAAGAAUAAUAUGGAAGUUGAGUGACUUACACCUGACCCAGGUUGAGGCUUCCUCCUGACCAUUGAAGCUGGAGUUGGGGUAUAUGGCAAGGACUGGUGUGUGGCUUCAAAAGAG